AUGGCAGGGAUGAAUUUGGGUCGAGGAACUGUGAAACUCAAGCACAUGGCUAUCGACAGUGAUGCGGUGCCUAUCAGAAGAACUUACAGAAUGAUAUAUAUUCUACAACUUGACUCAUCACGUCUAAUCGCGGCAGCAUCAAUUAUUCUAUCUGUGAAACACGCAAUGAAACAAGCGUAG